AUGGUUCACACCUCCUUACUCGCGAACCCGCAGCGAUUCAUCGUCAAGAUCAAUGGCCUUUCUGACGAAGGGAUCACCAUCGACAAGGGCGUUGCUCGUGCCAAACGGGAUGCUGCAGACUUCGCCGAUAAAUACGUCACUAAUUUCCAACUUGUGUCAGAGCUUCAGGCCAGCUUAGAGCAGUUCAGCAGUCGCUGGGUCAAAACUUUGCAGGAUACCCGCGACGCUGCUUCUUCCAUCUCGGCUUGGUACCUAAGCUUUGUCGAAGUCUUCAUCUCGAUGUUAGAAGAUGUCACGACUGAUGGUGAUGUAAAAGACGUUAUCAAAGAAUUCAACAGCUUGUUAGAUGGAGAACUCCCCUCGAACAAAUACCCCCUAGACAGUACUCCGGGUGUGAAAGACGCGUUCAACGAAAUCGAGGCCCUUGUAGGUCGCGCCGUUGUCUUCCUCUUGUCGACAUUGAGACAGCCUGUCCAGGUAAUCGGAGAAAGUACUCAUAUUGUCGACGUCCUCAAAGAAGCCAACGCUAUCAACCGGAAGAAGGUUGUUGAGGGCUUGAAGAAAGAGCUUGUUCCCGUGAAAACUGGAGCUGGAGAGAUACGACAAGCCUUGAAUAAGUAUGCGACGAAACUCGACUAA